UACACUGGCACAGCCAUGAGCGGGGCACUGAUAAUUUUCCUGCUGCUACUGGGGGCGUGUGCUGUGUCGGGUUAUGGAGAAUACCGGAAGCGCCUUCCAAAUGGCGAACGGGUCCCACAUCCCUGUCGGGCCAACUUCUACUGGCAUGGCGUGGGUCACAUCAACGCUCUUGGUGGAGGAAACCGAAACGACUUUGGCAAAGACUUCGCUUCUCAAGGCCACGUGUGGACACAAGAUUUGUGCCGUUUAGAUUCUGAUGGUGACGGUAUGACCAACGGUCAAGAGCUGGGUGACCCGAACUGCGUGUGGACUGCAGACAGUGGUAAUCUCCCUUCACGGACAACCGACAUUACUCACCCAGGUGUUUGUGACCCUUUUGACUCCCCUGCCUGUCAAGCGAAGAAUGCGUGGGUUUCGUGUAAAGGGUCAGAACUGGAGUGCGAUGCUCUCAACGCACCAGAUGUGAGGAACUUCACAAUCCGUUUCCCCGAAACCGACGUGCCCGCCGAGGACACCACCUACAUCUGCAUGAUCUUCGACGUCCCCUCUGACCAGGACUACCACUACAUUGGAAGCAAGCCUCUCAUCGACAACGAAAACGUCAUGCAUCAUGUCGUAGUCUACGGCUGCUCUGACACAUCAGAGGAACUACCAACAGAACCAUACAAAUGUGGCAUGGAUGCUGGGAAGGGAUGCACAGCGGGUCUAGGGGGCUGGACAGUUGGGUCUCCUGGAGAAUGCCUCAAUGACAACUUUGGACUAGUUUUCGGAAAAUCAAGAUACAAACGGUUUGCCCUGGAGUUUCACUGGAACAACCCGAACGAAGUGUCAGGCUGGAAGGACAGUUCAGGAAUGACGUUCUUUUACACCCCCAACUUACGAAAGAAUAAUGGCUCACUCAUGUCACUCGGACAGAUGAACCUAGCAAUCCCCCCUGGACAAUCAGAGGUCACGUUCAGAGGAGAAUGUACAUCUGAAUGCACACGAAAAACUUAUGACAGAGCCCAUUUAUGUCCCAACAGCCUUGAAUCAUAUGCAUUAUUUAGGUAGAUCAGCGUCCGUAGAGCUGAGGCGAAAUGGACAAAGGGUCCGCUAUCUGACCAAUGAACCAGAGUACAGCUAUGACCAGCCUCUCUACUUCAACUAUGACGAUCCAGUUGAGCUUCUUCCUGGAGACAGCUUAGUGACCACCUGCAAAUUCGAAUCGACGUAUAAGAAGAAAUGGGUAUUCUACGGCGAUGGAACAUCAGAUGAAAUGUGCUUUGGGUUCCUUUGGUACUACCCAGAACAUGCUCUGAAGAAUGGCAUGUGUGUGUCGUGGAAGAGCAUCAAUAUUUGUGGGCGUGAGAGCCUCAUUGAGGAGAACUGCAACGUCUGGGAAUUUGUAUUUCAAGUCGAUGCUGAGUCUAAGGCGCUCUUCAAAUCCGUGACCGUCAACUGUAAUCUCCUGUCCGAUUUGUGCACUCCCGAAUGCAAGAUGGCGGUCAUGGACACCCUGAAACACCCUUGCUUAAGUGGA